CACCUCCGAUCAGCAGUCACCUGGCUUAAGCGGCCAAAUUGUCUGCUUCCCUUGGCUGGCUGCUUAAGACAGGUUAGACUGUACAAAUACAAGUUAUCAAAUUCCAAACGUGCAAAACAUUUAAAGAAAUUGAGUGGAUUGAAGAAUUUGCCGCGAGGUUUUAGAAAUGAUGUCUUAUCAUCGGGCGAUUGUAAACAGACAAAUUCAGAAAAUGAGACGGCAGAUGACAACCAAAAAUGGUUUAAGGAAAGACGCGUUAUAGAGUUUUCGGUUUUGUUGGAGGGGCUUAGGAAAUGUAAAGGAUGUCCACAUCCACUACAGUUAAAUAUUAUAAUCAAAGAGACAACAAUGGGACUGGGCUCACUGUUUCAUAUUGAGUGCCAUAAUUGUAAAUGCAUCAACAUAGUCGCUAGCGGUAAAAGACACAGUUGCAGCAUGAUAGGUGGAUCCGGUGAUGCAGGGAAGAGUCAAGUUCGAACCAACGUGUUUGACGUGAAUACAAAACUAGCAGCAGCAAUGAUCAAUGCCGGCAUAGGAGAGAGUCAAAUGAAUAAUAUUCUCUCCUAUAUCAACCUGCCCACCAUAGCUCAAAGGACGCUGAAAAAACGGGAGAGAGAAAUCAGUUCCUCAAUCACUGCAGUUGCGAAGGACUCAUGCACCGAUGCUGUUAACGAGGAGAUCAUGCUGUUGGAAGAAGUAAACAGGUAUUUUAUAAAGUGUACAGUACCCAAAUACAUUAGUAUUAGAAGUAAUGUGUAUUUUAGGCCAUGUAACAUUACUGGGGAAACUGUUGAAAAAAUGCCUUGAUUAUGGGAAUGCAAACAAGAUGUGUCGGCUUUGCAAAGUUGCUAAAGUCGCUGGCAGAACUCCGGCUACCCACACAUGUGUUCAUAACUUCAGUGGUUCAUCAAAGGCCAUGGAGCCUUUUCUCACCGUACAGUGUUUGGAAAAGGUAAGUAAUCAAUGAUUGUUAUUUAUAAUUCAAUUUCAGGCAUUGAGCCGUGAAUGCUUUUUAUACGCCCGUUUGAAAAACGGGACGUAUUAUGGGAACGCCCCUGGCGGGCGGGCGGCAUCCACAGACCUUGUCCGGAGCAUAUCUUCUACAUGCAUGAAGGGAUUUUGAUGAAACUUGGCACAGUUGUUCACCAUCAUGAGACGGAGUGUCAUGCGCAAGAACCAGGUCCCUAGGUCUAAGGUCAAGGUCACACUUAGAGGUCAAAGGUCAAAUUCAAGAAUGACUUUGUCCGGAGCAUAUCUUCUUCAUGCAUAGAGGGAUUUUGAUGAAAGUUGGCACAAUUGUUCAUCAUCAUGAGAAGGAGUGUCAUGCCCAAGAACCAGGUCCCUAGGUCUAAGGUGAAGGUCACACUUAGAGGUCAAAGGAUACAAGAAUGAAAACUUUGUCCGGAGCAUUUCUUCUUCAUGCAUAGAGGGAUUUUGAUAUAACUUGGCACAAAUGUUCACUACCAUGAGGCGGAGUGUCAUGCGCAAGAACCAGGUCUCUAGGUCUAAGGUCAAGGUCACACUUAGAGGUCAAAGGAUACAAGAAUGAAAACCUUGUCCGGAGCAUUUCUUCUUCAUGCAUAGAGGGAUUUUGAUAUAACUUGGCACAAAUGUUCACCACCACGAGACGUAGUGUCAUGCGCAAGAACCAGGUCCCUAGGUCUAAGGUCAAGGUCACACUUAGAGGCCAAAGGUCAGAUACAAGAAUGACUUUGUCCGAAGCAUUUCUUCUUCAUGCAUGGAGGGAUUUUGAUGUAACUUGACACAAUUAUACAUCAUCAUGAGACGAAGUGUCAUGUGCAGUUCCCUUCUUUAGAAUUACUUCCCUUUGUUGUUACUAUAAAUAGGUUAUAUUGUAAGUUUUUCAUUACUAGUCGUAGGGAAAAAUCGAGACCACUUUUCUGUAGUACAACAUGCAUGCUACAUCCAAUUUUGAGGUGUAUUUUGAUCAGUCUCUACCUGGUAAAGAUUUUUGUGAGGACUUACAUUUUUUUUUUUUUUUUUUUUUUUUUAAGAUUAACUUCCCUUAGUUGUUACUAUAAAUAACUUAUAUUGUAACUUUUUUAUAAUUGAGCGUAGGGAAAAACCAAGACCACUUUUCUGUGGUACAACAUAGAUGUUACUUUCCAAUUUUAGGUGUAUUUUAAGGUAUCUCUACCUGGUAAGGAGUUUUUUUGUGGACUAAGAAAAACAAAACACUUAGUUAUUACAAAAAUUACCACAAAAUUAAAAUUCCAUUUGCAAAUACAGGUGCUAGAGUAAAGAAAUUUGCUGUGACGGGCGUAUAUUGUGACAUUCUUCCACUCUUGUUCAGCAUAAUUAUGGGAAUACUUCGGUAAAUGCAGAGGAGAA